AUGGAUGAGAUUGUGAAAGCAUUGAAAGGUAUGAAAUCAGGUAAGGCUGCAGAAUAUGACAAGGUCUCCGCUGAGAUGCUGAAGGCUGGACAGGGCAUUGUGGUAAAGGCUCCAAAUAAUGGAAAUGAAAUCCGACAACCUCCACUGCAGUUGAGUGAUGGCUCCGUCGUCGCUCCAGCUCGCCCCGAGGCCCCCAAGCCGGGGGCCCCGACCACCACCACAUCACACAGCAGCCACGCGUCUGCCGCAGCGCUCGCUGUGGCAAAAGGACAGCAGGCCGCACCCCGCGCGGCCCCCAGCACCUGCAGAACACGCAAGCCGAGCGCUGGCCCCCGCAAGGGCGCCAAACGCGCUCCUACUCGCUCCGCGGCGCCCCCACAGGGUGCCGCGGAAUCUGCCAACCCAGCACCCGCCGCAGUCUCCCCGACCGGCCCCGGACCACCGGCCGGCCACUGCCCCCGACGGCAGUCCGCCGCGCCGCUACACGCGCGCCCGCCGGACGAACGCCGCCACCGCUGCCAGCCCUCACGAGCCGACAGCCCAGGACGACGAGCAGGGUACCUCGUCGCCCCCGACAACCCACGCAAGCCUAAAGGACACCAGCCACCCCACAAGGACGACGGAAAUGGAGCACCCGUCGCCCCCACUACGCCGCUGACAGGCCACCUGCCAGCCGCAGACUGGCCACCAACACCAACGGCGGCCAGUUCAAGAAGCCACGCCUAG